AUGUCCCGCAUUUAUGAAGACGUGGACCCAGCCUAUGCAGCUAAUUGUAGUAACAUUACACUAUGCUCUAACACCGUCGGCUUUUUCAAAAACUUUAGUGAUGAAAUCAUUUCCAUUGCUGAAGAAGACAACUGGUUGCAAUCAUUCGAAAAGGUCGAAGAUGUGCACAAAGUGACAGCGGUGAUGGAAAACAAAAUGAUAAUGCAGGGGCUGCAAGAAGUUUUCUCUAGAAUUCAGCCACUGUAUCGUAGCAAAGAUGCAAAGAUUUCGCAAGAGAAGCUUAAGGAGGCCGAAGCAGCACUAAAACAAGGCGAUCUCAACAAAAGUUUGGCAUUAGCAAGUCAAGCUGUGCUAAGGUCCCCAAUGACAGGAAUUGAUGAAGUGGCAGACCGAGGAGUAUCCCUAGCACUAGCACUUUGGUUACGCUCUGAAGUACUUUUACGUUUAAAUAAGUUUCAAGCCGCCCUUGAAGAUUUGAAAUUAGCCUAA